AUGGUGGAAGGACCGGGCUGUACUCUCAAUGGAGAGAAGAUUCGGGCGCGAGUGCGCCGGGGCCAGGCGGUGACGGACAUGCGGGGCCGAGCGCUGCAGAGCCCAGGGGUGCCCGGCUCGCCGCCCUCAGCCUCUGGGGCUGCAGGCUCCUCACAGGCUGCUGCACUGAAUAAUAAUAAAGACUACAGCCAGAAUUUCUUGAGACUGUUUAAUGGACACAUUUACAGUGGCGUGGAAACUUUGGGGAAGGAGCUCUUUAUGUACUUUGGGCCAAAAGCUUUAUGGAUUCAUUUUGGAAUGAAAGGCUCCCUCGUGAUUAAUCCAGUUAAGUCUAAAAAUAAAAAUGGACUUUCUCCUGUUUUUGAAGUACAGCUCACCAAAGAUCUGAUUUGUUUCUUUGACUCAUCAGUAGAAAUCAGAAACUCAGCAGAAAGCCAACAGAGAAUAAGAAUGAUGGAAGAAUUAGAUGCAUGUUCACCUAACUUUAGUUUCUCAAGAGCAGAAAGUGAAGUGAAAAAGCAGAGAGGACGGAUGCUAUGUGACGUGUUAAUGGAUCAGAAAGUGUUGCCCGGGGUGGGAAACAUCAUCAAAAAUGAAGCUCUCUUUGACAGUGGUCUCCAUCCUGCUGUUAAAGUUUGUCAGUUAACACAUGAACAGACACAUCACCUUGUGAAAAUGAUACGUGAUUUCAGCCUUCUUUUUUACAGGUGCCACAAAGCAGGAUCUGCUGUCUCUAACCACUAUAAGGUUUACAAGCGUCCUAAUUGUGGUCAGUGCUGCUGCAAAAUAACUGUGUGUCGCUUAGGGGAGAAUAAGAGAAUGACAUAUUUCUGUCCUCACUGUCAGAAGGAAAAUCCUCAACAUGCUGACAUAUGCUUGCAAGAUGUUGGUUCUCAGGCCAGAGUGUUGGGCCAUCCUAGUGCAGAGAUGCUGAACCAAAGAAACAGGCCUUCAGAGGCCUGGAGGCUUGGAGUGCUGUGUGAAGCUGUGAUGUGCUCCCGCUCCAAGAGGCUGCUGGUGCCCAGAUUAUCAGAUCUCAGCAAAAGUUCACCAUAG